AGAAAAUAGUAGGAGGAGUAUCAAAUAAAAAAUAGGGGCAGUAACCCGACUCUCUGUUCCGAGCCUUUCCUCCCGCCCCCGAUCCAGAUCCAGCUACCUUCUGCCGCGGCUGAGGAGCGACUCUCCCUCUCUCCUCUUCCUCUCGUUCCCUCUUGCCGGUAAGGAGUGGAGAUCCGCGCCCAUCUUCUAUUGAUUAGGAUACGGGUGGAAUAGGGAACGGCGAUACACCAUGGCGGAUUUCUCCAAGGAAUCUUGCCCUUCUGUGAAGAACAUUUUGCUUCUGGAUUCUGAAGGAAAGCGUGUUGCUGUAAAGUAUUUCUCAGAUGAUUGGCCGACUAAUGCAUCAAAGUUAGCCUAUGAAAAAUCUGUUUUUACUAAAACUCUGAAGACCAAUGCACGGGCAGAAGCUGAGAUAACAUUGUUUGAUGGUUAUAUUGUCGUCUACAAGUUUGUACAUGAUCUUCACUUUUUUGUCACCGCUGGAGAUGAUGAGAAUGAACUAAUCUUAGCAAGUGUACUACAUGGUUUUUCUGAUUCUGUUGGUCUUCUACUAAGGGGUGAUGUUGAGAAGCGGACUGCGCUUGAGAACUUGGAUUUAAUACUUCUCUGCAUUGAUGAAAUCGUAGAUGGGGGAAUCAUCCUGGAAACAGAUGCAAAUACCAUUGCUGGGAAGGUCGCAACCAAUGCUGUUGAUGGUUCUGUGCCCUUUUCUGAGCAGACGAUAUCUCAGGCGCUAGCCACAGCUAGGGAGCACCUUGCAAGAUCUCUACUGAAAUGAACAAUCAGCAAUACUUGAUGACGUAUUAUAUGACCUAUAUGUGUGUUAAAGGUUGGGCUACUGAAUGUUGAGGGCCUGUGUAGUCGUUAUUCAUAGUGUAAAGUGCUGCCUUGACAGUAGCCUAGUUGUACCGAGAGUUGGUCGCAUGCAAUGCUCUAUGAUUUAAUUUUUUUGAACCAGUGAUUUUGUAGCUGUCAUAUUUCAGAUAAAACAUAAAUAAAGAGUUGUAAUUGGGUGUAAUAUAAUUUUCAUUAUACACAAAAAAAAUCAUCUCAACUAUCAAACCAUGGAAAAAGGUUCAGCAUUAUCUA